GGCGGAGGCGAAACACAAGGAGAGGGGGGCGGGAGGCGGAGGUGAAACGCUAGGCGGAGCGCAGGGGAAGGGAGGGGGGGAGCGGCGUAGGCUAGCGGAAGAGGAACGCCAAAAGAAGGAGGAUGACGCGGCGGAAGCGCGUAGGCUAAAGGAGGACGCGCGCCGGGUGGAGGGGGCCGAACGCCGGGAGAAGGAGGCGGCGGCAGAGGCCGAGCGCCAGAAGGAGGAGGCGGAACGCAAAGAGAGGGAGGUGAAGGAGGGGACGUCCGCAGGGGGGGGUGGGGAUCCGGCGGUGAAUGUGCCACCGGCGGAGGAGGAGUCUGCAGGGAAGCCGGCACCAGCGGAGGCGAGACGCCAGGGGGAGGCGAAGCGCCAGGCGGAGGCGGAGGUGAAACGCAACAAGGAGAGGGAGGCGGAAGAGGCGGAGGCGGGGCGCAAGGAUGAGGAGGCGAAGCGCCAGGCUGAGGCGGAACGGCAGGUGGAGAAUGCAGCACAGGAGGCGAGGGGGGCGGCAGAGGCAGCGCAGAAAGCGGAGGCUGAUCGCAAGGCGAUCGAACUCGAAGUGGCAGCGACGUCAGCGAAAGAGCACGGGGGGGAGAAGACGGCAGGGGAACGGAAUGGAGCGCAGCAUGAGACAAAACACGCCGAUCAACCGGAUAUUCUUCUCCCGCCGGCUCCUAAGCUUGUUAAGGCGUAUGACAGCUCAUCUGUCAGCGAAUCUCUGACAAGUAUUUUUUACUGGGAAACUAUCUAUCGAGCAUGUAGAAUCCGGGGGCCCAUUGACGAAUAUCGGACCCUUCUAAUAUUAGCUAUCGGGACCCAGCGUUGGACAAGAGUGCAGCAGAGGGCAAAGUGCGUGUUGGGUCGCAAAACCGGCGAAGCCGCCUUAUGGAAAUACUAGUGAGAGGUGGCAACUUUCAAAGAAAUUCUUGCGACAGAUUUUUUGAUACAGGUUUUUUGAAUUGGUCUAGAAUCGACGUUGGCGUCCGUGGACGAUGCUUUCCUUCGGUUCGUUUUCUGAGUAGAGCUUCGCGGCAUGAUCCCCAAGACAUUUUACAAGCCGCCGGCCCUGACGUUGGGACUUUGUAGCAAGCAGCGCCAGCGCGGGGACAAAAAUAAAAGCGAGAGCGGGAAAGGUAGCAAGUAGCCGGCUUGGCGGGGCUCUGGCAGAAAUACCGCCCUGGCGGAGCUCUUCCAGAGGGGCGCUGCUGGCUGGGCUCUUUCACAAUGCCUGUCUUGGGCGGGCUGUUUCAGAUUGUCUGCCCCUGUCGGGCUGUUUCAGGUUGACUGCCUUGGCGGGGCUGUUUCGGGGUGGCUUUCCUGGCGUGGGUGUUUCAGGGUGGUGGCUCUGGCGGGGCUGUUUCAGAUGGGCUGGCCUGGCGAGGCUGUUUCUGGGGUCUUGCUCUGGCGGGGCUGUUUCGGCUGAGCUGUUCUGGCGAGGCUGUUGCAGAAUUCUGCCUCUGGCGGGGCUGUUUCCGGAUGGCUGCUCGGGCGGGGGUGUUUCAGGUGAGCUGCUCUGGCGGGGCUUUUCUUUCAGGAGCCCGCGCUUGGCGGGGCUGUUUCAGAUAUGCUCUUCGCUUUCUGUCGGGGCUGCUUCGGCUGAGCUCCUCCGGCGGGGAGUCCUUCUUCUGGUGGGGCUGUUUGGGGAUGGCUCUUCUGGCGGGGCUGUUUCAGGUGGGCUAUUUUGGCGGGGUUGUUUCAGGUGAGCCUUUCUGGCGAAGCUGUUUCAGGGGCCUCGUGCUGGCGGGGGUGUUUCAGCAUGGCUGCUCAUCUCUGGCGGGGCUGUUUCAGAUGAGCUGUCUGGGCGGGGCUGUUUCAGAUGAGCUGCCCUUGCGGCGCUGUUUCAGAGAGACAGGCGAGCGUCUUAGGCGGGGUUGUUGCAGAGGCCUUGCGCUGGCGGGCUUGUUUUAGAGUAGCUGCCCUGGGCAGGCUGUGUCAGAGACCAUAUUCUGGGCAGGCUGUUUCGUAGCCUUGCUCUGCCCUGGGCAGGCUGUUUCAGAGCGGCUGCUUCAGAGGUUUUGUUCUGGCGGGGUUGUUUCAGAUGAGCUUCUCUGGCGGGGCUGUUUCGGAUGAGCUUCCCUGGCGGGGUUGUUUCAGAUGAUGAGUCCCUCUGGCGGGGUCGGUUUUUUUUUGUGAGCUGUUCGGGCGGGGCUGUUGCGCCCAAGUUGCUCUGACGGGGAUGGUUCGCAGACGCAGAUCUUGCUCUGGAGGGCUUGUUUUAGCAUAGCUGACUGUUCUGGGCAGGCUGUUUCAGAAUAUUUGUGCUGGGCAGGCUGUUUCAGAAUAAUUGCUCUGAGCAGGCUAUUCCAGGGCCUUUGCUCUGGGCAGGCUGUUCCAGGGCGGGUGUCUCAGAUGAGUUGCUCUGGCUGGGUGGUUUCAGAUGAGUUGCUCUGGCGGGGCUGCUUCAGAUGGGCUUUUCUGGCAGGGCUGUCUCAGCUGAGCUGCUGUGGCGGGGCUGUUUCAGGUGAUCUACUCUGGCGCUGCUGUUUUAACUGGGCUGCUCGGGCGGGGCUGUUUCAGCUGAGUUGCCCUGGCGGUUUUUUUUUAGAGUAGCUGCCCGGGGCAGGCUGUUUCAGAAUACUUGUUCUGCUUUGGCAGGCUGUUUCGCAGUCUUCUCUCGGGGCAGGCUGUUUCACAGCCUUUCUCCUGGGCAGGCUGUUUUAGGGCUGCUGCCUCGGGAGUGUUGUUCUGGCGGGCUUGUUUCAGGGCUCUUUGGAUUGUUCUCGAGAGGCUGUUUCAAAGCUCUUUGUCUGGGCAGGAUUCAGAGAGCGGAGGUCUCGAGCAUUAUUAUACAUAGAAGGCAUGUUCGUUGUGGAAGUUACAGACUCUUCAUGGGACUCAAGAAAAUGGUGAUUAAGUAGCAUUAUUUCUGAUUUCGCUAACAGUCGUGACCUUCGAGGAAGUGGUGCAGCGGAAUCUGACAUGGCGCAUGAGCUUGCGCGAGCCGACAGAGAUCUGGAUCUACAUGUGGGGCAUAUGUCGGCGCCGGCAGGUUUGGAUCGCGUGGCAGAGCUGACACAGGGAGGGGCGCCCAGGAGCUUCGCGGGGAAGGGGCCGACGGGUCUAGCAGCAGCCGGCAUCUCUGCAGGGGCGGCUCAAGAGGCGGCGGCGGCGAAGCUGUCGGAGGAGAAUGAGGAGAAAGCGCUGGCUUCCAAACUUGGGCAAAAGGUGCAAAUAAAGACGGCAGGCGAGCAGCCGACGGGGCUGCAGCCUGCUGGCGAUGCAAGAGGACAGCCUGGGGUCACUGAGAUGGUGAAAAAUGGACCGGCUGCGGCGGGGGUAGCAGAGGAGGGGCGGCCUUCUGUGGAGGAGCCACUGCGCACGGAGACGGAGAGCCCUGCGCAAGACGCGACCGAGGGCGGGAGACCCCCGGCUGCUGCGGGUAGUGCCGGAGAGGCUCUGAGCAAGGGACAAGGGGGGCCGGCGUCUGUGGCUGCAGCUGCGCCCGCAGAGGGCGGGAACGGUGCGCCAGGUGCUGCAAAGCCAGCGGCGAAGAGUGCGCAGGAGACCGAGGGGAGCGCCCGUCCGGUGGAGGACGAGCCGCCGAAGGGAGCGGCACCGGCAGGGGGGGAGGACAACAAGCCGCAGGGGGCGGACGAGGCGACAUUCUGGCCGCAGGAUUUUGUAGGGGAGGCGGCGCCGCGCGAUGGUGAGUCUGCAGGGUUGUCGGCACCGGCGGGGGAGAGUGGUGCGAAGGGGGCGGCACUUGGUGGGGAGAAGCCGUCGGACGAGGCUGCACCGGCUGACGGGAGGGGGCCUGCAGUGGAGCUGGCACCGGUGGAGGAGAAGCCGCUGAAGGAGACGGAGGCAGAGCGCAGGGUGAAGGAGGAGAAGGCGCGCCAAGUGGAGGAGGCGCCAAGGGCAGAGCAGAAAUCGGAGGAGGCAGUGCUCACGCGGGAGGAGGCGGAGCAGGUGAAACCCCUGGAGGAGACGGAGGCGGAACACCAGGGGCAGGCGGCUGAGGCGGAGACCGCGCGAAAGGAGGGGGAGGCGGCUGGGGCGGAGAUCGCGCGAGAGAAGUGGGAGGCGGCUGAGGCGGAGACCGCGCGGAAGGAGAGGGAGCGAGCGGCGAGUCGCAAGGCAGAGGAGGAGCGCAAGGAGAAGGAGGCGGCGGCAAAGGCCAAGCGCCAGAAGGAGGAGGCGGAGCGCAUCAGGGCUGAGGAGGCGGAGCGCAAGCGAAGGGAGGUGAUGAAUGAGGAGGAGGACCGCAAGGAGGCGGAGGCGAAACGCAAGGAGAGGGAGGCCGUGGAAGCGGCGAGUCGCAAGGCAGAGGAGGAGCGCAAGGAGAAGGAGGCGGCGGCAAAGGCCAAGCGCCAGAAGGAGGAGGCGGAUCGCCAAGAGAAGGAGGCGGAGCGCAUCAGGGCUGAGGAGGCGGAGCGCAAGCGAAGGGAGGUGAUGAAGGAGGAGGAGGACCGCAAGGAGGCGGAGGCGAAACGCAAGGAGAGGGAGGCGAAACGCAGGGAGGAGGAGGUGGCGGUGAGUCAGUCGAACCAGGCGGAGGUGGCACGCCAGGAGACGACGGCGGCGGGGGCACAGGCGUUACCGUUAGAGACACCGCAGCAGAAGGAACUACCCAAACAGAAUUUCCAGAAGGAGGAACUUACGAAGAUGGGACUUUUCAUCGCGGAGGACGAGAAAAGGAUUGCGCCACCUGCAUCUGACAGCGAGCGCACACAGACGACAUUGCUUGCGGGCACUGACAAGCCGGCAGGAGAGCUGUGUCUUGUUGUGCCCGAGGGAAAUUUCAUUUCGAAGACGCGGAAAAUCCACAACGCCUACUCGUGCUACAUUGACCCGGAUCCGAAAGCCCCGGAAGGGACAGUGAGGUGUAAAAGUACGCCGCCUACCGUCGUGAAAAAUGCAAUCACGCAUGGCACGUCCGGGAACUGGAGAUGGCUCGCAGAUGGACAGGCGUGCGUCCGUUCCACACAAAAUGUAAAUGAUAGCGGCAAGGUGGACAGCAUUGUAGGCGUAUGUGAACAGGAGAUGAUCCCCAAAACCGGAAGCGCAGAAAAAGUGAGAGUGAUGGCUUGUAACCCGCCGAAGCAAACGUCGACCGGGACAGAGGGGGUAAUCACAUAAAUAUUUGCUGGAUCAUCUUGAAAACAGGUUCUUUCUCACAUGACUACUGUUUUCCAUCGUUCGCGGAACCACCAUGCAUGAUAAAGAACGCUCUCUAAAGUACUUAGAUUGAUUGCGUGCGUGGUAAUCCGCACGUGAAAGCAAUGACAUGAGCCAUGAUAAAGAUAAGAAAUGGUCAAUUAUACACUGCAGGCGGCAGGAGUCUCAUCAAAUGCUCCGCAACGACCGUUUCACGAGUCUUGAAUGUGGGGGAAAAAGACUAAUGCGGCCCCAGGCUAAUGGAGUACCUACAAAAUACAAGUUUUUCAGAUCUUUAUUUGAUCGUAACCUGGAACAAGAAGUUUCGAACCCAAUUGAAUGUUACUAAGAUUUUCCUAGAUUUACUUGCGUUGGUGUAAGUAAGUACAACUACAACUCUGCUGUACUACUUGUUUUUGUUUAUGUAUUGAUUUUUAUUCUUUUUCAUCGUUACCUUAAGAACUAUUUCCACAAUAAAGAUAUAUAUGAGGUGUCCCACUUCUUUAUACCCUGCAGGUGGCAGGACCAGGAGGAGCCUCAGCAGCGGUGCACGCAGCGAUCGCAUCGACCGCAUCGGCGGCAGGGAAAGGACAAAAAGAACUCCAGAUUAAGGACCCGGAGGAUUUUUUGUGGAGUGGAAUAUAGGACCAAAAACUUAUUUCUUUCGGUGAAGGUGAUUGGAAAAAAUCUUUUAAAUCUUUUUUGUGUGGUAGUGAAAGAAUGCAAAUUGAAUGUAUGUUGAGAGUUUAGGAUUAUAUAAGUAAGUAAGUGUAAGUUGUAGGUGUUGUGAUCGUCUUGGUGUAUUAGUAGUUAGAAUCUAUCAGAAGUUCUAGCGAACUAACAACUGGUAGCAAAUUAUCGACGAGGAUGAAAGAAUAAGAAUGAGGAUACGAUCAGACCGAUUAUUAUUAGUGAAUGAAAAAAGAACAAGAAGUCUACAACCUAUUAGUAGCACGUCUACGAGAACCUAUUAGUAGUACAAGCAGCACUAGCAUAGAACGAACGACUGGAGUAAGGAAAGUUCUUGAAGAUCUGCAUUUUCAAGUAGCACAAGACAGGACUUACCAGGGGAACAAAAUACAACCGAUUAUCGCCUAACAAAAUGCGUACUACUAGUGUUUGUAGUAGUCUUUCAACAUCUUUGAUAUAGUCUAGAGUGUAUUCUUGCUAGUUGGACGCAUAUGCAUGCCUUAAUUUGAAAAAAUGGCAAAUGAAUAUCAAUACGAAUAUAGACGAUAUUAACAAAAUUGUACUAUCACCCCUCGCGGCCUACUUGGAAUAACCAUAAAUCUUAUUAAUCUUAUUUGAAAAAAUAAUAAACUGAUAGAUAUGAAAAUAAAAGAAUAAGAAAUAGAACGGACAAGUCUAACAUGUAUAGGAUGUCUAGAUGAAUGGAAAACUUAUGUCCACCAGAAAAUGAUUUGGGCUUCACGUACUGUGUACAUAUAUACAUACAUUGGCUCGAAGAGCAUGAUCUGAAGCAAAUGAAAUCAAAAAAUUGAACGUGCGAAAAUAUUGACAUUGCCGACUCGUCGAACAUCAACAAAGAUAAGAGUUGUGCAACAAGUCGCUGCAGAUUUGCGCACAUAAGUAAGUACCUACGCACCUAGAAUGUACAC